AUGUUUUUAUAAGCCAUAAAAGUUAAGGAUUGCAGAUUGGAGCCUAUUCAAUUAAAAUUCGGUCCAUAGGUACCUCGCCAACAUACUCCUGAAGGAUUGAGCAAGAUUGGGAUGUUCAAUAGCACUUUAUUUUAAGGAAAGAAAUCAAUUGAGAAGAAAAAAGCAAGUAAUCAGAGGAGACCCCAAUCUUCAUUUUAAAGGAUUACCAAACCUGCCUUUUAUAAAAAUGUGUUUACAGUUUAAUAUAGUAAUAGUUUUUUUGUGAAAAUGGGAAUAAUGGGAAUUUGGUUAGGAGAAUUUUAUAAGGGAGAGCAUGGUUUGGUGAAUAGCAAACGAGUUACAAGUAAGUAGAUGAUAGAUAAUUUAAGUGUGAACUUUAUUUGGAGACAAUCGAAUAAAGGUUUCAAUUAUUCAACGUUAACAUCGAAAAGUGUUUGCAUAAAUCAUUUAGAACAUCACAAUGAAAUAUCAAACAAAAAUAAAUUGCAUGCUAAUUUGAAAUCAUAUUGUCUGAGAACAAAUAAGCACAUGGAUGAUUUUGUUCCUGUAACUUUCAUAAUCAACUUGGAUUCAACAACUUUGCAAAAUGAUUUUAAAAAAUUUGUAGAUUAUUUCGUUGAAAUACAAAAAGACAAACUGCUUAAAAACGUUUGGUUACUCAAACCACCUGAUUUGAAUAGGGGAAGAGGAAUACAAUUGUUUUCUGAUUUAAAAGUCUUGAUAAAUCAAAUUAAUGAAUUUUGUAAAACAAGGAAUGUUAACAAAUAAAUAAUGCCCUCAUCAAGAGCGACCAAAACUUUACUCAUAACAUACCCAGAGUCUAAUGAAAAAACUGGGUAAGCUCAGAUUGAGAUUACAUUAGAUUAAACUCCAAAUUAAGAUAGAAUACUGGUUCUAUAAAAGUAUCUUGAAACCCCUCUUCUAUAUAAUGGAAGGAAAUUUGAUUUUAGAAUCUGGGUAUUAAUAGAUCACACUUGCAAAUAUUAUUUCUUUAAGGAAGGGUAUUUACGAUUAGCGAGUGAGCAUUUCGACAUUAAAAAUCUUAGGUCGUUGUAUAUACAUUUGACUAACAAUGCUAUCCAGAAGAAUCAUUCUAAUUAUUGUAAAUAUGAAUUAGGAAAUCAAUUGAGUUUCCAAGACUUAUAAUAGUAUUUAACAUCGUAAAAGAAUACCAAGGUAACCUCAGUUGGAAUUGUGUAAAAAAUGAAAGAGCUCAUUCAUUAGACCAUAUUCUGUGCGUGUACUAAAUUGCGAAAUAAUCAUAGAGAUUUUCAAUUUGAAAUCUUUGGAUAUGAUUUCAUGAUUGAUAAUAAUGGAAAUAUCUGGUUGAUUGAAAUCAACACUAACCCUUGCAUUGAAGAGAGUAGUCCUUUACUAUAAAAAUUGAUUCCUCGAAUGUUAAAUGACGCUUUUAGAUUAACAAUUGAUAAAAUAUUUUCUCCUUUCAAAACAACUUAGGACAACUUUCUUAACAAUCUUCAUGAAUUUAGCAUACCAGGAUAUGGUGAUAAGGAUAAUCUUUGGGACUACAUGGGCUAAAUUUGA